AUCGUUCGCCGUCCGGUACAAACGCAGGUACGUAGCGCUCUCGGUGGCGUCCGUUGGCAAUUCGUCGUUAUCCGUUUUGUUUGAAUAUUGUUCAUUAUCCAACUAUCCAGACAUUUUCUCAUAUCGCGUGUUUUAAUUUCGUCGUCGUCUGGAGGAUUGUGUUUAUUGUCCACUGGCGGAAUUUUGACGAUGAUUACUGACACGGAUGCUCUCUCCGUUACAGAGAAAAACAUGAAUACUGUGGAUACAUCUGAUGCACUAGAUUUGACUAAAGAAAAUAUUAGACCACUAAGACAAGGUAGAAAACCUAUUCAAUUAGAAACUGCUCUACAAGCACAAUCUAAUAUGGAAAUUCAACAAAAGUUAAAUAAAGAAAAAGAGAAAUAUGAACAUGCUAUUCGUACAUAUGAAGGUGAUGAUCCUUUAGCUCCAUAUUUUGAGUAUAUGAAGUGGUUGGAACAAAUAUACUUGAAACAUGGACCAGAGAGUAAUUUAAUGCCUCUUAUUGAAGAAACUGUACAGAAAUUUAAAAAUGAUGUAAAAUACAAACAAGAUCCGAGAUUCAUUACAAUUUUGAUUAAUUUUAUUGAAAACCAAUCGAAUGCUAUUGAGUUAUAUCAAACUGUUUACAACCAAGGUAUUGGUACAAUGUGUGCUUUGUUCUAUCGUGCGUGGGCAGAGUUAUUGGAUAGAUACAAUGAUUUUAAACGUGUUGAUCAAAUAUUUUUGUUGGGAAUUAAAGCUAAGGCUGAACCAGUUGAAGAACUUGAACAAGCUCAUCUCCAAUUUCAAUUAAGCGUGGCUAGGCGAAUGCUUAAUGGACAAAUCACAAAUGAUGACAGUAAGAACCAAGAACCUGAGAAAAGACAUGCAUUUAAUGUUUUAAAAAAAUCUGAAACACAUAGUGGUGUCAGAUAUGGUUUUGGUGGAGUUAUUGGAAAAGUACCCCAAUUGAAUAACGUCAAUGGAAAAAACACUGUUCUUAGAAUUUUUGAGGAUAAUGAUGAAAAUGGAUUACUUGGAAUCGCAACUAAUAAUUGUGAUCUUGCUCAAAAAGGUCUAAACAAAGAAAAUACAACUAAACCUGGACCUUGGACCAAACCUAAAAAGACUCGAUCAAAAGUUCCUAAACCUGUAUCAACUAUUGACUUUGAAGUACACCAGGACAAUAAUUUAGAAUGUGUGAAAAAAUUACCCGGUAUUACAGUUCCAAAUGCUUUACGUAGUAUAAAAGGAAAUACUAAUCUUUCCUGUCCAGUUGCUGUGUUUGAACCUCCAGAUCCUACUAAAAGACCAAUGUAUUGUAAAGAGAAAGUGUAUGCGGCUGGUAGAGACGUGCAACUUGAAGAAAUUAGAUACGAGAUCUACUUAAAACAAGAAAAAGAAAAAAAAUUAUUAAAAGAACAAUCACAUUCAUUUGAUUCAAAAAAAUCCCAACCAAAGGAGAAAAUAACAAAACCUCUGAAAAAAGUUAUUUUGGCAGAAGAUAAUAAUGAAUUUAAGGUUCCACUUCCACUACGAAACAACGAACCUGAUUCUUUAAGUCAAUCUGUUACUGUUAACACAAGAGUUGCAAUUGAUUUAGUUCAACAAAUGUGGAAUAGUCCAUGUGCAGAUAAAGAUGAAGAGUCUGAAUUAAUUUCAAAAAAUAGAAAACCAAUUCCGUUUGAUGCCUUUGAAGAAGUUGAUAAUAAUAUCAAAUCUGGUCCUUCUGAUUUCAUGGUUUAUGAAGAUAACAAAAUACCAAUGGAUAACAAAGCUUUUGAAAUACAAAAAAAAGAUGUCAGAAAUCAAGGAGAUUUCUAUGUUUAUACAGAUGACAAUGAUCAAGGAAAAAUUCUUAAAGAACCCACUGUAUUUGUAGAUUUCAAUGAUGAAAAUCAAGUAUUCACUGAUAAAAGUGAUGAAAACAAUGGAAAAGGUUCUAAAAUACCAGAUGUAUAUAUUGAUAACGAUGAAAAUGUGUUUCGCAAAAAAAGUUCUAAAACGAAUCAAUUCAUGGGUCAAAAAGGAAGUAGUAGUAUCAAAAAUGGUUCAAAAAUAGAUCUCAAAAAUGAAAAAAUACAACAAAAAGAGCUUAGAAAUUUAGGAGACUUUUAUGUUUACACAGAUGAUGAUGAUCUAGAAACUCUUAAAAAACCUGUAUCUGUAAAAGACAAUGAUGAAAAUCAUGUAAAAAAUAAUGAGAUUCAAGUAUAUAUUGAUGAAAAUGAUGAAAAUAAUGGAAACGGUUUUAAAAUACCAGAUGUAUAUGUCGAUAAUGAUGAAAAUUUGUUCAAUAAAAAGAGUUCUAAAAUGAAUCAAUUUAUGGGUCAAAAUGGAAGUAGUAGUAUCAAAAAUGGUUCUAAAAUAGAAUCGAAAAAUGAUAUUAACAGUAAACAACCUAUUAAAAAUCAAAAUUAUCAAGUUUAUGAAGAUGAAAGUUAUGAUACCGUAAAUACUGAAAAAAAAGAAGACAAAACUAAAGACAAUUCUAUUUAUCCAAGUAAUGAAGGCAAGUCUCCUAUCAAAAAAAUUCAAAAUAUUGAAGUAAAUGAUGAUGACAUAACUUGCUCAACAAAAGCAUUUGCUUUUCUUUUGACUAGUUCAACACCAUUGGCCCCAGGAAGAACCAAAACCAAUUCUGUCAUUGAAAAUGAACAAAAAGUUAAAACUCAAAUUGGUGAACCAAAUAAAAACAAAGAAACUGAAGAAUUUCAAUUGGGAAAAAAUUUGAGUAUGAUAUUGGAAGCGUCUAAAGAACGUAAUAGUAGUACUUCAUCUGGAAUUAUUUCUUCAUCGGUUACAAAAGUAGAACAACAAUCUUCAAUUGAUUUUGGUGAUUCAAUUAAUCCUUUUGACGAUGAUUUAAUGACCAAAUUAUUACAAAGAGUAAUUAAAUUUCCUAAUGAACAUCACAAAUCUGGUUAUGUAGAACAGGAAUCUGAUUUACCAAUUAUGCGAUCAGAAUUCAAAUUGGGUCAGAAUAAAAUGACACUUCUUAGUGAAAUUGGUAAAGGAUCAUAUGCACGAGUAGUGAAAGUUAAACCAGAAGGUGAAAAUGCUGUAGAGAGAGCACUUAAAAUUCAAAAACCGUCAUGUACUUGGGAAUGGUAUAUAAGUAAAGAAAUUAAGCAUCGCCUUAAAGAUUCCGAGAAAGUAUCUUAUUUUAUUAAUAUGGAUCAGAUGUUUGUUUUCAAAAAUGGAUCAAUUAUUUCUAUGGAAUUUGCUACUCAUGGAACAUUAUUAACUGUAAUUUCUGCGUAUAAAGUAGCUAUGAAUCGCUCCAUUCCUAUUACUGUUGGUGCAUUGCUCAUUUUACAAGUAACAUCAGCAUUAAAAUAUCUUCAUCAAUGUCAAAUCAUUCAUGGAGAUUUAAAACCAGAUAAUGUUAUUAUUAAAACAUUACCUAACCAAUGUGAUCAACCUUGUGUGCAGUUAAUUGAUUUUGGUCGUAGUAUUGAUAUGACUUUAUUCCCUCCUGAUACUACUUUUACAUACACAGUGAAAACUGCUGAUUUUAUUUGUCAUGAAAUGAGAGAAAAAUUGCCUUGGACAUACCAGACUGAUUAUUUUGGAUUGGCUGGAAUUAUUUACAUGGUUCUCAUGUCAGACUACAUGAAAACUCAAAAGAUACGUAAAUUAUGGGUGCCAUUGAAACCAUUUCCUAGAUACAUAGACAAAGAACUUUGGGGUACUAUGCUGAGCAUGUUGUUGAAUAUAGAAUCAUGCAAGAAGCUACCUAACUUGGAUGAAAUUAUACGGAAAUUGAACAAAUAUUUGUCAAUUCAACAAAAAGUGGUAUUGAAACAUAACUUUACUAGUUUAAGAAAUGCAUUAAAAAAGAAUUAAUGUUUUAUUUUUUACAUUUAUUUUAAUGAUUUUUUUUUUUUAUAUAUUUGGUUUAUUUACUGUACUUUUUUA